CCGUAAACAGUCAGAUGAUUUCGCAAGGCGCUUGUUUAUGGCGCGAUAUACCGUCUCCUCGAAUUCUGUUCCUGAAUCAUGGCAGUAAAAAGCAAACAGCCGGAGGUGUUAAUCCCAGAAAAUCUCUCCUGGCCGGAAUUCGUAUUCCAAGACUUCAAGGAAUAUGAACAUCGCACAGCAAUCGUCUGCAGCUCCACUAAACGCAAAUAUACAUUUUCUCAAGUGAAGGAUUUAAGCAUAAAGCUCGCUUCGGCGCUGAGCAAAAGAGGAAUCAAGAAAGGAGAUGUAAUCGCCAUAUUUGCUCCAAAUGUUCCUGAGUAUGCUAUUGUUUUCCUCGGAGCUCUUCAGAUGGGCGGUGUCGUGACCGGUGUCAAUCCACUCUUCACGAGCGACGAACUCACCAAUCAGCUGAAAGAAGCCAAUGCAAAGUGCGUUUUUACUGUUCACCAGUUGGCACAUCGGGCAGAAGAAGCCGCGAGGAAACUGGUAAUGGAGCACGUGUUUGUCAUUGGGGACGACCAGGACGAUGAUAAUUGUGACUCGGUCUCAGUCCUUUUCAAGGACGACGGGUCUGAAUUUCCCCUCAUAACAUUUCACCCAAGAGAUGACUUGGCGAUUUUACCGUUUUCAAGUGGAGCUGGUGGCCUGCCCCGGGGUGUUAUGCUAACACACUAUAACUUGGUCGCCCUGGGUUGCAUUGUGAGCGCUAACGGGUUUUUGGACUUCAAGGAAAAAGCUUCUGAACAAAAAUCUACGAUCUUCUCCGUUAUACCAUUUCACCGAACUUUUGGCAUGAUCGCUGUCCUGUCUCUUGCUUUACGUCACGGAAGUACCUUGAUUUCGAUGCCAAGAUUUGAUCAAAACAAAUUGUUUCCUUUAUUACAAGAUUACAAGGUGACACAUCUCAUCUCAGAGGCCUCAGUAGUGCAUCUGCUGUCCAACAAUCCAGCGGUCGAUAAUUUCAAUCUGACGUCACUGGUCGAAGUGAUGUCGUGUGCAUCAGUGUUAGGCCCGGAGACGUCAAGAAAUGUCAAAAAACGACUGCCUCAACUGAGAAGAAUCAGUCAGUGUUAUGGCAUGACAGAAAUUACUGGAAUGAGUCACGUGACGCCUCCGGUAGACACCAAACAUGGAUCGGUUGGUGUGCUUUUACCCAACCUGGAAUGCAAGGUGUGUGAAGUAUCUACUGGAGAGGUGCUUGGGGCUGGUGCACGCGGGGAGAUCUGGGUCAGAGGACCAACAGUGAUGAAAGGUUACUUGAACAACCAGGACGCAUCAGAUCAGAUGAUCGACCACUCAGGCUGGCUUCACACCGGUGAUAUUGGCUACUACGAUGACGACGAACACUUUUUUAUUGUAGACAUUUUAAAAAAUGUGAUUAAGUUCAAAGGUCAUCAGGUCUCCCCGUCAGAACUCGAAUCUCUCCUCAGGGCCCACCCGGCCAUCAAGGAUGCCGCAGUUAUCGGGAUCCCAGACCCCGAGGUCGGUGAACUGCCAAUGGCGUACAUUGUCGGAGAAAACGAAGAAGAUUUAACUGAGAUCGAGGUCAUGCAAUACGUGGACGAAAAUGCUGCUCCUCACAAAAAACUGCGCGGGGGUGUGGUGUUUAUACCCACGCUUCCGAAAACUGCAGAUGGUGAAGUUCUUCGAACUGAAUUAAAGGAAAAGUUGAUUCAAGGAAAGUACAAACCUGUGCAGAUGCGAAGAGCGUUUGUAUUUCCGACCGAGGACAAGAGGUUUUCUUUAAAGAGACAUUCAUUAGGACCGAGAAUUUUCGCUCGAAACAAUGACACAAUCCUGGAAGACCUUGAAGAAAAACCUAGAGAGAUGACACGGUCUAAAAGCUGUCUUAUCCUGUAAAAAAUGAUGCCUCGCUGGGGUUCACUCUUCUACAGUAAAAGAAACAUACUUUCUCGAAAUCAUAAAGUGAACCAUGAUGAUGACUUAUGUGACCUUUAAGUUUCCAACUUAAGAUUCGAAGAUUUACCGUAAAAUUCAGACUUGAACUCAACGUGAUGUUCAGACUUGAAAUGAAAAAGAUGGCGGCCAUUAAACUGUGAUUUCACUUACUAUC